AACGACUAAAGGUAAACUAAAGUGAUAUUAGUUGCCUGAUAAUUUUUUGCCAGUGUGCACGGGAUAGUUAUCGUUAUAAGCAAAAAGUGUUGGGUGAAUACCGAAUCAGCUGUAACUUAAAACAUCAAAAUGGAGCCGACCGUCACCACAACCUUCGUGACCUCAGCAGCGCCUGUGGGACCCAACGAGACGAAUAUGACCUGCCCAUCAUGCCAAGCCACCAUCACCACCAGGGUUGAGCGCAAAGCUACCACCAAGACGCACAUGAUUGCUCUGGCGUUAUGCGUUUUUCUGUGCUGGCCAUGCGCGUGCAUUCCCUACUGCAAGAACUCGUGCAGGAACGCUGACCAUUACUGCCCUAGCUGUAACGCGUACCUGGGAACAUACGUCAAUUAGUUUUAUACUGC